UAUGGGCGACAAGGAGAAACUUAUCUCGGACGAAACAGUCGAAUCUCAUAAAAAUGAGGUCAAAAAGGAGGCUGAUGCAAAGUUACCCUGGUACUACGCCAAUGGGUUCCUGCUAUUCUGGGGACUUCUCUUUUUCGCCGUUGUAAUACCAUUCUUCUACCGGCUACCAACGGCAAUGACAAUGGAGGACGCUAAGAAAAAUGUAUUCAUUGCGGAACGUGCUUACAAAAAUUUGUACACUCUAUCUAAUUUUGGUACCAAAUUGGAGGGCAGUCAUGCAAAUGAGGUUGAGGCAGUGAACUUUAUAAUGAAUGAGCUAACGCAGAUUAAAUCCACACUAUUGAAUGACUAUUUCGAAAUGGAAAUUGACUUGUCGCGAGCAUCUGGUGCUUUCCCGUAUAAAACUGUACUGAACAUGUACCAAGGCGUUCAAAACAUUGCUGUGAAAUUAACGCCGAAGGGGAGCACCAGCAAUUCCUACCUCUUAGUGAACAGUCACUUUGAUUCGAAGCCAGAAACUCCGUCAGCGGGUGACGCCGGUUUCAUGGUAGUCACGAUGUUGGAAGUUUUACGUGUAAUAGCAACAACAAAGCAAACCUUUGAUCAUCCGAUCGUCUUUCUAUUCAAUGGAGCUGAAGAAGGUUCUAUGCAAGCUUCUCAUGGUUUUGUAACUCAACACAAAUGGGCUCCAUACUGCAAAGCUGUCGUUAACCUUGAUGCUGGUGGCAGUGGAGGUCGAGAAAUUCUAUUUCAGAGUGGUCCCAACCACCCAUGGCUUGUAAAUUACUACAAAGAAUAUAUCAAACAUCCUUUCGCCACAACCGUGGCCGAGGAAAUCUUCCAAUCAGGCAUUUUACCAUCGGAUACAGACUUCCGUCAGUUUAACUUAUAUGGCAAUAUUCCAGGUUUGGACUUGGCGCAAUGUAUUAAUGGAUUUGUAUACCACACCAAAUAUGACACAAUUGAUGUGAUCCCUCGUGAAUCCUUGCAGAAUACUGGUGACAAUAUUCUCAGUUUGGUUCGAGGUUUGGCAAAUGCAACCGAAUUGCACGAUAUCCAAGCGCACAGGUCUGGACACGCUGUCUUCUUUGACUUCCUGGGAAUAUACUUCGUCCACUACUCACAGGUUACGGGAAUAUGCCUGAACUAUAGUUGUUGUGGAGCUGCUCUCAUUUUAAUAUUAGCAUCAAUGAGGCGCAUGGCAGUUGUUUCCCAUGUUUCCAUCUAUCAAGUAGUAUUCUGGUUUACACUGGUUAUUAUUCUCCAGAUAAUCUCGUUUGUACUCGGACUGGCGCUUCCCGCAGUAGUGGCGUAUGUAUUCGAUAGUUUGGGACUUUCUCUAACUUACUAUAGCACUCCCCUGCUGGUGAUCGGUUUAUAUGUGUGCCCGUCACUUAUUGGCCUUAGUUUGCCCAUAACUAUUUAUUAUAGUUUACAGCGUAACGAUAAAAUAUCAAAUUCCUACCAUGUCCAACUGGCAUUGCAUGCUCAAGCCAUCAUCCUGGGUCUUCUUACCGUUGGUUUUACAGCAGCUAGUAUCCGUUCCUCAUACAUUUUCGUCAUACCACUAAUAUUCUAUAUGUUAUCUUUGGCCAUAAAUUUGUUGACUACUUUGCACGAUCGUGACUAUGCUUGGACAGGUCUUGUUAAGGCGAGUCAGAUAAUUCCAUUCUUGUGCAGUAGCUAUCUCUUCUAUGCACUUAUUGUGAUUCUCACACCUAUUGGUGGUCGUUCGGGCAGUUCCUCCAAUCGGGAUUUGUAUAUUGCUGUCCUGGCAGCAUUAGGAACGGUUCUCUCAUUUGGUUUCUUGAUUCCGCUUAUUAACUAUUUCCGCCGGCCCAGCUUUGUGGUGGUCACUUUGUUUGUUAUAACGGCCAUCUCAAUGUACUUAGCCAGCAGUACACAGAUCGGAUUCCCUUAUACACCGAAGACCAACGGACUACGCAUUGCAUAUCUGCACGUUCGGAAUAUGUUUUACGAAUACGAUGGUAGUCUCAGUAAGGAUGAGUCUGGCUAUCUGUUUAGUUUCCAAGAUCGGCGUGAAGAGUAUCCAUUUCUAGGAACAAAGGUCAACCUGACUGGUUUGAUUAGCAUAAAAUCCAAAUGCGAGACUCACAUGAUGUGUGGCAUGCCUUUAUUUGAUUACCGCUAUGCAAAAAACCGUCUACAAAGCAAAUGGCUGCCGCGUUCUGAUCCCAUUGAACCGCCAACCUUAACCACAUUGAUGCAACUUAACAAAACAAUUCUGAAUCCCACUACUGUGCGUUUUGAGUUCAAUUUGACGGGUCCUUCUCAUAUGAGCUUGUUCAUUCAACCAUAUAAAGAUGUGAAAAUAAGCAACUGGUCGUUCCUUAACAGUUAUCUGGAGAAACCACCAGCUCCGCCACUUCCAUACCAUAUCUACUUCACAUAUGGAAUUGAUAGCGCUCCAUUGAAUUUCUUUUUGGAACUGUCGAAAUGGGAUGGCGAUUUUAAUUUUCCCUGUUUCCAACUGGGUGUGUCGGGACACUAUAUUGGGGAUGAUGGCGAUGAACAAAGUAGAAAGUUCGCAUCCUCUUUCCCUUCCUAUUCAAUUCUGGCCGAUUGGCCUGUGUCAUACCAACGAUACGUUUUUUAACUAAUGAAUAUAAUCGUAUUUGUUUUAUUUUUAAUAACUAUAAAAGCCCUUAGUAAUUUAACAUGCGUAAUUACAUGCCUAUUAUAAAUAAUUUUCAU